GUCAAUAGCCUGUGAGAAUGGAAGUUCCAACUGUCGAUAAUCCUGCGGUUUCGAAUCCUGUCGCUGAGGCGAACCCAGCGAAUCCUCCUGCUGAGGAACCAAAAGAGACACAGGCUAAAGUUGCUUCUGUUGCCAAGUCUACUUUGGUGAAGCCUGAAGGAGAAAAGGAGAGAACUAAUGUUCGCUCGAAGAAGAACCCCAAGGUAGAGGAGGAGGAGGAAGAGGCUGAGGAAGAAGACGACGAGGAGGACUACAACAUCGAAGAGGAGGAAGAGGAGGAAGAGGACUGGUUUUCUGAUGAAGACUCUCCUAAGCCACGCAAGUCCGGAAGACGCGCAGACACACACGACAGCGAAGAGGAGGAGGAAGAGGAGGAGUAUUCUCGCAUAAAGCGAAGAAAGGUCGAAGUUGUGAAGAGACCAAGUCGCCGCGAAAUUGUUGCGAACGAAUCAGCGGGAAUGAAAGCGCUGCGCGCCUACACGACCGCUCUGAAACUGGGUCCGCGUUGUUUCCGCAAUUUAGGAAAGAUCGAGGACAUGAGAGAGCGCGAGAAGGAGCUGAUCCGCCGCCUGCACGAGCUGAAUCGCAGCUGGGCGGGGGAAUAUCCGAACGAGGAGGAGACGCGAUUGGCGAGAGAGGAGACCCUGAUGAAGAAGGAGGAGAAGGCGCGCGAAUUCAUUAUCGAUGAGAAGCCGGGCGUUCGCUCGACGCGCAAAGCGGCUCAGAAAGCGUUGGAGUUCGUCAAGUCGCUGGAGGAGGAGGAAGAGGAGGAGGAGGAAGAGGAGAUUGAGGAUGUCGAGGAGGAGGAGGACGAGGAGGAGGAAGACGAGGAAAGUGAAAGAGAUGAUUAGAACUCCAUUUUAGUC